AUGACUCCUGACAAAAAAGAGCCAGGAUAUCUACCACAAGCCAUUCGGGAAUUGCCACCACUAAAUGAUGUUGAUUAUGUGGCCGCGAAUUAUGCUGACGCACAAGUGAAACCCUAUUGUUUGCCGCCAUUGAGACAUUUGAAGAAACGUGUUGUAUACUGGCUUGUGGAAUAUGAUCCACUCUUGGAUUCGUCGGAUAUGACAUUCGAUGACUGGAUUCGCAUCGGUAAGGACAUUAAGAAGGCAUACAACCAGUACGAUGGCUUUGUUGUACUUCACGGCACAGAUACCUUAUCGUACACAGCUUGUGCUUUGUCGUUCAUGCUCGAAAAUCUCGGCAAAGCAGUUGUUAUCACAGGGGCCCAGGUAGGCUGAAG